AUGUCCUCCCGAGCGAUUCGCAAGCUGCAGAAGCUUCGCGAGCAAGAGUUGCAGCAAGCCCAGCUACAAGCGGAGCAAGAUAGUGAUGAUUUGAAUGAGUACGAGCCGGUAAUCCGGCCCUCAAAGCCGAAGCUGAAUGCUUUUGAUCUUCUCAACAUUGGCGACGAUGAGGAUGAGGAACACGGGUCUGAUCGCGAUGUCGAAGAGACGGUGACUCAGCCGCCGGAAGAUGUCCCAGUUCCCGCAAAAUCCGCAGACCCGAGUAAGAAGAAGAAAAAGAAGAACAAGAAGAAGAAGGCGGCGGCUGCAGCAGAGCCUACGGCCAUAGGAGGAGCUGCCGGUGCCAAGUUAGACGAUGAGCUGGACGAAAUUGAUCGAGCUUUAAAGGAACUAGCUGUCGAAUCCAAGGGUACUGACAGUCGAAAGGCUGCAGCUGUAUCCCCAGAGGAUGUUCGCGGCACAUUGUUCCCCAGGGCACCAGAGGAGCUGCUUUUGAUUGAACCUAAAUUCCUCAACGCCAUGAAUGAGAUGCGAAGGUUGUUUGGGAAUGUCGUAUUGGAGAGUUUCGACGAAGAAUCUGGGACGGGUCGCAGGAGAGAUAGAAAUAGGGAAACGGUUGAUCUCGGUCGCGCUUUGACUGGUAGGUAUAGUCCUGCCAGUAAAGGUCUAAGUCUAGCGGGGACUACGCAGAGGCGGAAUGUUCUCAUGCAGGGCAAAGACGAGUGGCCACGCGCUCCCAGUGGUGGUUUGGGAAUGGAGCUGGUAGAAAAACUGCCCAGUGGAGCUACGAAAUACCAAAUCGUCCACAACUCUGCGUAUACAGACGUGCAAAGACAAUUUGAUAUGUGCGUCGAGUCCAUGGAUCCGCAACGAAUGAUACACCUCUUGCAAUAUAACCCGUACCACAUCUCUACUCUCCUUCAAGUGUCCGAGAUAGCGAAGCAUCAGGGCGAUCAUGCUGUUUCCGCCGAUCUCCUCGAGCGAGCCCUGUUCAAUAUUGGGCGCUCGGCUCACUCGUCGUUCGGCAAUCGCUUAAAGGAAGGUCAAGCAAAACUCGACUUUGUCCACAUGGCAAAUCGUGAGCUGUGGCUUGUGGGUUGGAGGUACAUUGCGAAUCUGGGGAUGAAAGGAACGUGGAGAACAGCAUAUGAAUGGGCUAAGCUACUGUUGAGCCUGAAUGAUGACGACCCAUAUUGCAUCAGGCUUUUGAUCGACCAUCUGGCGCUUCGGGGCCGAGAAUACGCACACUUUGUCGAUUUGUGCACACAAACUAGACUGAGCGAGGACUGGGCGCUGUUGCCUAACAUCCAAUGCUCGCUCGCACUGGCAUAUCUUCGGUUAAACAAACCAAAGGAAUGCCGCGAGCAGCUGCGCCGUGCCAUGUCAAGAUACCCAUGGGUAUUUUGUAAGCUUGCGCAGGAGUUGGAUAUCCAACCCAUGCCCAAGCGCAUAUGGGGCAAGAUGCCUCCGACAGACGCCCACGAGUUGCUCACUGAACUCUAUAUUGUCAGAGCCAAAGACCUCUGGAAUACCCCUGAAGCGGUCUCCCUGAUCGUGGAAAUCGCCGACACUCUUCCAGAGGAAGAAGAGCCCAUCGAACCUCCGGAAAUCACUCUAGACAUUGCACGCCAUGUCGUUCUCUCGGAUAUACCCCGCGUGACAACUCAUUUGCCCGGACGCUUUGUUUCAGGGCGAAUCUCGUCAUCUGAUCCUCUCCCGCCUUACGAUUCCGAGGCUCAUCGCCAGCAAUCGGACCCAACGCCCUCCUAUUUGGCGCAGAUGCCAGAAGUAGGCCGACCGCAAUGGCUUCGCGAUCUGCUAGACCAGCUGAACAACGGAGCGCUUCAUUUUCCUCGAUUCCGCGGGGGCGACAAUGAAGACAUCCACGACGACGAUGUCUCAUCCCAGAACGAUCAGGAAGAAGCUGGCGGUGAGCGCCGACAUCCUAUGGCGGACCAGGGAGCGUCACUAGAGCAGUGGCUUUUGGGAGAUGGUAUGCAGAGCUUGCAAGCAUUUUUGAAUCAGUACGGGAUCGACCGUGGUAACUGGGGUGAUGUGGUCGACUACUCUCCCCUGACGGAGUAUCUGGACGGCCUGGAUGCUGUGCAGCCGGAUGAGGCCCGGCAAGAGUUGCUUCACGGGCGAAUUAGGGAGAUCAUGGGUGAUAUGGUUGUUGAUAUGCUCGAGAAUGAGCUUGAACUUCAGCAGUACGACGACGAGGACGAAAUCUGA